GAUCGCCUGAUUUAUUCAAGUACAGUAAGAAUAUAUAUACCAUCUCUCUUCAUUCUCUCUAUUCUAUAUCUAUCCAUCUAUCACAAAAUGUCACCCUUCGACACCCCCUUCGACCAACUCCCCAACCCCAAACAAGUCUGGGUCGGUACACCAGGCAGCCAUGAAGAAGGGCUCGGAAAACUGGCCAUCCUCACCCCAGACGUGGUGGCCAAAGCGGCCUCGUCCGAGAUCAAAACUGGCCGUCGCGUCACCAUGGGCUGGGAGUUGACCAAGCUGGAUUAUCCCAAUCUCAACCGCCAACCAUGUCACCAUCAGAUUGUGCCUCUGCUGGGCGGGGUGGCAUUUGACGAUAUCUACACAAUGAAUCCGCAGCAGAGUAGCCAGUGGGAUGGAUUGCGUCAUUUCUCGCAGACGGUGCCGGGGCAGAGUGAGCGGGUGUUCUACGGUGGAACGACGGUGGAGGAGAUUAAUGAAGCAGGAAAUGAUCGGAUUGGGACGCAGCAUUGGGCGCAGGAUGGUAUUGCAGGCCGAGGAGUCCUAAUCGACUACGCAACAUGGGCUGAAAAAAAAGGCAUAACAUACACCACCUUUUCCACCCAUCAAGUACGACUCACAGACAUCCUGGAAAUAGCCCGAGAAUGCAACAUUACCUUCCAGAAAGGUGACAUUCUGUUCGUACGUGUCGGUGUUACCAAGGAAUGGGAUACCGUCAUGACGGACGAGCAGAAACGCGCAUACUCGGACAAUCCCAGUCCGGAACACGCGGGCGUUGAGGCCAGCGUGGACGUUCUGCGCUGGCUGUGGGACACUGGAUUUGCAGCCAUUGCAAGUGACGCUAUCAGCUGGGAGGUAUACCCACCACAAUCUCCCGACCUCUUCCUCCACGAAUACGUACUAGCAGGAUGGGGCAUGCCAAUCGGCGAACUCUUCGAUCUAGAAGCUCUGGCCCGGACAUGCCAGGAACUCCAACGAUGGAGCUUCUUCGUUACGUCCGUGCCGCUGAACAUGCCAGGUGGCGUAUCCUCGCCUCCAAACGUGAUGGCGAUCUUUUGAUAGAUAGCACGAGAUAGCACGAUGCAUAGAUUAAAGUAUGGAAAUCCGAUAACUCGCCGAAGCAGGACCAGCAAGGGUCACCGGUGGAGGGUAACAAGCAAUGACCCAGACGAUCCGCAUCUGCAAUUCGUGCAUCGCCGACAGCCACAUCGGUAGGAUAUCCUUGUAAUUGGACGUGCACGUUGGAUUGACUUGCUCUGAGCACGUGUAUGUAGUAGUGUACAUAGCACCUAUAUUAUUAUUACUUUUUCUAAGAGUGGAGUUGUUAAUAAUACCUAAAUAGUCCCGUC